AUGUGGACCUGAGCUCCACCCCCUGCAUUUGGUGUGUCCUUGACAUAGGUGCUGAAACUUCCAGGACAGCUUCUUCAUCAUUCAGGUGGGAAUCAUUCUACCUUAGGCAAAGGAGUCUAAGAGGCACAUGUUGAAUAGCACGGAGAAUCCCAGAAGUUUGCAUUUUAAGCUCACAGUUGUCUAAGAAGAGGAAGCUGCAAUGGAUCCAGCUGUCUUCCUGGUGUCCUGCCUCUGCUGUUUGCUUCUCCUUUCACUGUGGAAACAGAGCUCUGGGAAGGGGAACCUCCCGCCGGGCCCCACUCCUCUCCCAGUUAUUGGAAAUAUCCUGCAGCUAGAUGUGAAGAACAUCAGCAAAUCCUUAAGCAAUCUCUCAAAAGUCUAUGGCCCUGUGUUCACCGUGUAUUUUGGCAUGAACCCCACUGUGGUGCUGUAUGGAUAUGAAGCAGUGAAGGAAGCCCUGAUUGAUCUGGGAGAGGACUUUUCUGGAAGAGGCAGAUUCCCAGUGUUUGAUAGAGUUAAUAAAGGAUUUGGAGUCCUUUUCAGCAAUGGAAAGAGAUGGAAGGAGAUGCGGCGCUUCUCUCUGAUGACCCUACGGAAUUUCGGGAUGGGGAAGAGGAGCAUUGAAGACCGCGUUCAGGAGGAAGCCCGCUGUUUGGUGGAGGAGUUGAGAAAAACCAAUGCUUCACCCUGUGAUCCCACUUUUAUCCUGGGCUGUGCUCCCUGCAAUGUGAUCUGCUCCAUUAUUUUCCAGAAUCGUUUUGAUUAUAAAGACCAGAAUUUUCUAAAAAUAAUGCAAGCUUUUAAUGAAAAUGUCAACAUUGUGAGCUCUGCAUGGAUACAGAUCUGCAAUACUUUCCCUGUUCUCUUUGAUUAUUUCCCAGGGAAUUAUACCAAAUUUCAUAAAAAUUUUGAUUUUGUAAAAUCUUAUGUUAUGGAGAAAACAAGGGAACAUCAAGAAUCCCUGGACGUUAACAAUCCUCGGGACUUUAUUGAUUGUUUCCUGAUUAAAAUGGAGCAGGAAAAGCACAAUCCACAGUUGGAGUUUACUUUUGAAAACUUGAAAAACACUGUAACGGAUUUGUUUGGAGCCGGGACAGAGACAACGAGCACCACGCUGAGAUAUGCUCUCCUGCUCCUGCUGAAGCACCCGGAGGUCACAGCUAAAGUCCAGGAAGAGAUUGAGUGUGUGGUUGGUAGACACCGGAGCCCCUGCAUGCAGGACAGGAGCCACAUGCCCUACACGGAUGCCGUGGUGCACGAGGUCCAGAGAUACAUAGACCUUGUCCCCACCAAUCUGCCCCAUUCGGUGAUUCGUGAUGUUAAAUUCAGAAACUACCUCAUCCCCAAGGGCACAACCAUAUUCACGUCUCUGACUUCUGUGCUACACAGUGACAAAGAAUUCCCCAACCCAGAGGUAUUCGACCCUGGCCACUUCUUGGAUGAGAGUGGCAAUUUUAAGAAGAGUGAUUACUUCAUGCCUUUCUCAGCAGGAAAACGAAUAUGUGUAGGAGAGGGCCUGGCCCGCCUGGAGCUGUUUUUAUUCCUGACCACCAUUUUACAGCACUUUACCCUGAAAUCUGUGGUUGACCCAAAGGACAUUGACACUACUGCAGUUGUCAAUGGGUUUGUUUCUGUGCCGCCACCUUACAAGCUCUGCUUCAUUCCUGUGUGAGGAAGGAAAGACCAUCUGUUUUCUCCUGUGAUGUUGUCUGCAACUCGCUCUCAUCUGGGCAUCAUUCACCUCCUUCCCUCUCCAUCCCCUUUCUGGGAGUUUCUUCUCUGGCCUCUCCUCUCCUCGUCACCUCAUUCUCUCAAGUUCUGGGAAUAUCCAACCUCCAUUAAAGGCGAAUUUCCUGAGUUUCACUGCAGAAAUGUACCUGCUAUUCUCCUUACUCUGAAACAUUUGUAUUGGCCAUCACAUAUGCUCAACUUAUCUCAUAUUGAGUAGUCCUAUGCAGCCCAUAUGAAAUAGAGCAAGAUGAUUAGUGUAUGCCAGUGCAGAGCCAUUUCUCCUCUCCAUGUUCUAAAUAAAAAGCACAAUUUGCUGU